GAAAGUAGAAUUAUAUUCUAGGGCUUCAGUUUUUGUAUCUGCACUUGGAAUUGCAGUUGAAAAAUGGCGGACGAAGCAAAUAGAACUGCUUUUAUUGAAAUUCAGGGUCGAAUGAUAGAGACUUCCGGGAAAUUGAAGCAGGUUCAAACCCAGAUUCGAAACAAAGAAACCGAGAAGAAGCGUGCUUAUUUGACAUUGGAGGAACUGAAACAGCUGUCUGAUGAUACCAAUACAUACAAAGCCAUAGGAAGAACGUUUGUCUUAGAGCCAAAGGCUGUGUUAAUGAAUGAGCAAGAGCAAAAACUCAAGGAUGGUGAAACUGCAAUUGCCUCUUUGCAGACUUCUAAAGAGUAUUUGGAAAAGCACAUGGCGGAGGUGGAGAAUAACCUUAGGGAGCUCUUGCAACAAGAUCCUGGUCUCGCUCGUCAGAUAAUGACUAUGUCUGUAGCAUAGAUUUUCUGCUUCUGAAGUUCGUUUUGUCAACUCUUU